UGUUUGGUUCACUCACCCAACCAUUUUGCGAGUCGGCAAAAAGUUUUGUGCCGAAAUAAAUAUAGUGCCUAAAUAACAAAAAGUCACAGAUAUUUACAUAAAGUGAUGUUAAGCAAUCAAGAUUUUGAUUAACCGAAUGUGCUUUUGACAAGGGCAAGAAACGCGAAAGUUUUGCACUCGAAUCGAUUUUUUCUGCGCUGCACUGUGCUGCUUGCGAUUUUCACAGCGCCCACCAACAAACCCAAGCUAGAAAAUGUCGCGGCAUCCUAGCGACCGGAAAGUGUAUGUUGGCGAUUUGGGCAAUAACGCACGAAAGAACGAUUUAGAGUAUGUGUUUGGUGCUUAUGGCAGUUUGCGCAGUGUUUGGAUUGCACGAAAUCCGCCAGGUUUCGCAUUUGUUGAGUUCGAAAGUGCCAGAGAUGCAGCUGACGCGGUGCGUGGCCUGGAUGGACGUACAUUGUGUGGCCGCAGAGCCCGUGUAGAGUUGUCCACAGGAAAAUACGCUCGUUCAGGGGCAGGUGGUGGUGGCGGUGGUAGCGGUGGUGGUGGAGGCGGUGGUGGCUUUGGAGGAGGACGUGACCGAGGCGGCGGUGGUCGUAGUGACGAUAAGUGCUAUGAGUGCGGCAUGCGUGGUCAUUUUGCGCGCCAUUGCCGCGAGCGGAAGGCUAGACAACGACGCAGAAGCAACUCUAUGAGUAGAUCUCGCAGCACAUCGAGACGCCGUCGCACUCGCUCCAAGUCGGGAACUCGUUCGCGCAGCCGUUCAGCUGGCUCCGGUGGCCGUCGCUCUGGCCGCUCCCGUGAGAAUGGUCGGGAUGAGAACGGUUCGGUAUCACGUUAUAGUGACCAGGAUCGGAAUGGUGGCGGAGUGGUGGACUCGCCGCCGCCAGUGAAGCGGCGUUACGAUGAUGAUGACGACGACAGAGAUCGGGGCUCGCGAUCGCCAUCACCGCCGCGUCGCGGCUCACCGUCACGCCGCCGCGGCGAUUCGUCAGUAUCGCGUUCCAUGUCCAGGGACUAGCGUUGCCAGCAACCUGAUUUUGGCCAUUUACAAUAGGGCUCAACCUGCUGCUCCUUUCAUUCCUUCAACCAAACACAAAAAUAUUAAAAGAAAAAAUCACAAAAAAAAACUAAAUUAAAAAAAAAAAAACAAAACACCCUAAAACUUAAAAAUUACCUAUCUGUUCGUCAGGAAGUCAAUCAUUUUAGUUGCCCACAUUCUUAGCUUAGAAUAUAAUCUAUAGAUUAAUAUACACCAGCAUUAAGCAUAUACUCUCUCUUUUACACUCCCACUCUCUCUAUUUUUUGUAUCUCAACUGAGAAUGCCGGUAGAACAAAUAUUUUCAUGCUCGUUGAAAUGCUCAUUGAACAAACAAAUCAAAUUUACAGAUCGAAAAAGUUUUAGUAUCAUCGAUCUAGUCAUUCACCUCAUUAUUAAUGAAAAUAUCUUGCUUUUCAUAGAUACAUACAAACAUGCAUACAUACAUACAUGCAAACAUAUAUAGAAACAUAUAUCAGGCUAAGAAUGUUUUUGUAUUCUAAAAAGAGAAA